UCAGGGCUUCCGUAGCGGAGUCGUCAGUCACAUGCUGCAGCACAACAAUAAUAAGGAAGUCUGUGUGAAGACUGGAGAAGUUAUUGAUCGUUUGUCUCGUUUUAUGAGAUAUAAAAUGAGACUUUUAGUGGGUUUUGUGCUUUUUGUUUUCUGCUGUUGCUCAGCAGGAGGAAACGAGACCAUUCAAACGUUUGUUAUUCCUCACAGUCACAUGGAUGUUGGCUGGGUGUACACUAUUCAGGAGAGUAUGCACGCCUAUGCAGCCAAUGUGUACACCAGCGUGACCGAGGAGCUGUCGAAGGCUGGAGACCGCAGGUUCAUCGCUGUGGAGCAGGAGUUCUUCCGGCUGUGGUGGGACACUGUGGCCACGGACUCACAUAAGAAACAAGUACGACAUCUUGUAAAAGAGGGUCGACUUGAGUUCAUCAUCGGGGGCCAAGUGAUGCACGACGAGGCUGUAACUGAUCUAGACGAUGAGAUACUACAAAUGACAGAGGGACACGGUUUCCUCUACGAGACGUUCGGGGUGCGUCCUCAGUUCUCCUGGCACGUGGAUCCAUUCGGAGCCUCUGCGACCACGCCGGUGCUCUUUGCCCUGGCUGGGUUCAACGCCCACCUCAUCUCCCGCAUUGACUACGACCUCAAAGACAGCAUGCAGAAAAACAAGAAACUACAGUUUGUGUGGAGAGGUUCUCCCUCUCUAAAAGAGAAGCAGCAGAUCUUCACUCACACUAUGGACCAGUUCAGCUACUGCACCCCAUCCCACCUGCCAUUCUCUAACAGCUCUGGUUUCUACUGGAAUGGAGUUGCCUUGUUUCCGAAUCCCCCGAAAGACGGAGUUUACCCCAACAUGAGCCUACCCGUCACCAAGGAGACGGUGCACGCCUACGCCAAGACGAUGGUGGAGAACAUAAAGCAGAGGGCUGCAUGGUUCAGGACGAAACAUGUGCUCUGGCCAUGGGGCUGUGACAAGCAGUUCUACAACUCAUCUGUCCAGUUCAACAACAUGGACCCUCUGAUGACGUACAUCAACCAGAACAGCAAAGAGUUUGGGGUGACAGUCCAGUACGCCACUCUGAGUGAAUACUUCAAAGCCAUCUACCAAUCAGGUCUCGUCUGGGAGCUCCGCAGCAGUGAGGAUUUUCUACCAUAUUCCACUGAAUCGCACCAGGCGUGGACGGGGUUUUACGCCUCCAGAAAUGUUCUGAAAGGAGUGGCACGACGGGCCAGCUCACAGCUGCACGCAGCGGAGACUCUCUUCACCCGGUACCGAAUCAGCUUCCCUGACGGACCUGUAGCGAAAGACUGGGCCCUGGACAAACUGAGGGCGCUUCGCUGGGCUGUCUCAGAGGUCCAGCACCAUGACGGCAUCACUGGCACAGAGUCUCCCAAAGUGGCAGACAUGUACCUGCAGCAUCUCAUGCAGGCCAUGAUGGGAGUGGAGGAGCUUCUGGCCGCGCUCUUCCUGCUGCCCCACAGCCUACCCAGCAUCCUCAGCAGCCACUACCACAGACAAGCUGUUCAUGAGGCUUUGGAGCAACAUGUCAUCGUUUACAACCCGUUAGCAUGGAACAUCACCACUAUCGUCAACGUCACUGUAACCUUCCCCUCUGCAGCCGUCUUUGAUGAUGAUGGACAGCCUGUCCCUGCUCAGAUCCAGAGGUCAGCACAGUCCAAUGUGACCUAUGACCUUUUCAUUGUGGUGGAACUUGGAGGCCUUCAGCACAGGAAAUACCUGAUUAAGUUCUCAGACAGGAAAUGCUCUCAUAGGUUCAAGUGUGGCUCAACUUAUGAAGCUAAAGGGGUUUUGUUUGAGCGACGCAACAUCCGGGACUCGGCGACAGCAGGGAGGAGGCUCCUGCCUGUUCUGAGUGACUGUUACAAGCUGAUGUUCGACCAGGAUAGAAAUCUACUGCACAGCAUCACUUACCUUCAAGAAAAAAGAAGAGUAAGGAUGACUCAGGACUUCUGGGAGUACCACGCAAACGGGGAUGUAAAAACAGGGCCCAUCUCUGAUAACUACAUCUUCAGCGCCAACGGCUCGGCUGUGCGCGCCUACAAGGCUGUGGAAAUGGAGAUCAUCCCCGGGAAGAUUGUGACUGAGAUCAGGCAGCGCUUCUACAGAGAGGAGAGUGAUAAAGACUACACCUACUCCAUCACCACCCGAGUCCCAGCAUGCUUUGGGAGCAGACCGCGGUGUCGUAGGCUGGAGCAGAUGUACUUGCUGGGCCCCCUCCAUCUCAACACAGAGGUCGUCCUCAGAACCAGCUCCUCCUUGAAGAACAACAGGACCCUGUUUACAGAUGACAAUGGCUAUCAGAUGUUGAAGAGGACGUACAGGAAGUUCACUAAUAACACUUUAGCAAGAAACUACUUCCCCAUGGUUCGGGCAGCGUACAUUGAGGAUGAACUCAGCAGACUGGUGCUGGUCAGCGACAGAGCUCACGGUGUGUCCAGCCAAGCUAAUGGACAACUAGAGGUCAUGCUCCAUCGGCGUCUUUGGAACAACCUACCCUGGAACCUCGGCUACAACCUGACCCUCAACGACAGCACCGUCGUACGACCCACCCUGUGGAUGAUGCUGGGCUCCAUCAGUGACACGUCCAAGCUUUACCAGAGGGAGGCAAUAGAGCUGCAGCACAGGCCUGUCGUCAUGCCCAUAGACCAGCCUCAGAGGCCCUGGCAGAAGAAGGAACCCAGAGGAAGUUCUCCUUUGCGUCCAGUGGUCCUGCCACCCAACCUCCACUUGCUCAGCCUCAGUAUCCCUGGAUGGAACUACAGCUCUGAUCACGAUGUUCACCUCAGACACAUAAACUCAGGUAAGGACUUGCACUCGGAGCCAGACUACAACCGAGUCCUGUUGAGAAUCAUGCAUCUCUUUGAGGACGGAGAAGACCCCGAGCUUUCAAAGCCGGUCACCAUAAACCUGAAGGAAGUUCUGCAGGGCUUAGGGGAAGUAAAAGUGCUGAAGGAGCGUUCUCUCACAGGAACCUGGGAUAUCGCCCGUCUGCAGAGGUGGAAGUGGAGGACCGCGGACGACUUCGAAACAAGUAAUGAAAGGUGUUGCGGUGUCAGAGAUGAGCCUUUCACUGUGACCAUCUCGCCCAAAGAGAUCAGGACCUUCUUCGUUCACUUCUCCUCCAGGAACUUUUAGACUGUCUUCUGUGAAGAGAGUCGAUAUGUAGACAUGAUAUGACAAUGCUUUUAAAGGUUUGAUUUUUUGCUACACUGAUAAUUAAUGCUCUUUUUGCACUUUACGAUGAUUAUAUGAGAAGCACUGAUGUGUUGAUGAGGUGCGUGUUCUCACUUUGAGUCCCUGUUGACUUGCACUGAAUAAAGUGAUUAUUUUUGUCA